AUGCGACCGCCUUCCUUCUCUGGUGCUGAAGGACCCUUAGCAGCGGAGGAGUUCUUGAAGGUCACUAAGACUAUCCUCACGCUCACUGAUACCGUUCGGAUAUGGUGGGCAGCUGAUAAGACCCACCUUAAGAGGCCAAUCCUAUGGGAGACGUUCACCAAGCACUUCAACAGGAAGUAUUUUCCUCAGUUGGCUCGGGACAAACUCCUACGUAGAUUUGUUGACCUCAAGCAGGGAGGCCGAUCAGUUAAUGAGUAUGAGGCUGAGUUCUCUUCCCUGAGUCGAUAUGCUCCUCAUCUGGUUACAGACCCUACUAUUAGGAGGCAUCAGUUUGAGAAGGGCCUGGAUAAGUAUAUCAGGUUUGGUCUGGCUGCUAGAGCACUUGCAAUGCACGAUGCAGUACUGGAUACAACACGUGAGAUUGAGAGCGUGCUGAAGGAACCUGAAGAUCCACAUGUGAUUCAUAGCAGGGCACCUGUAGUUCCAGCUAGGACUGUUGAGCGUCCUUCUCCGAGGUAG